AUGAUGAAUGCUAACCCUAACUCUAACUGUAACCCUUACGAACACAUGCUCAAGGAAUCCAUCAACCGCUUCUUCGCCGAACACCGCAGAGGCGUCACCAACUUCUCCGACUUCACCUCCAUCUUCUCCCGCAUGCUCCACGCCACCCCCAACCCUCCCAUCCCAAUCCUCUGGUUCUACGCUGCCCUCGAAUUUCGUGCAGCGCGCGACCCUUCACGAAGCGUCAGGGACCUGUUCCAGUUGCUCGUUUCGUGUACCGGUGCGUGCGGGUCCACGAAGCGGAUCGCUGCGCUCGCGCCGCUGGUGUUUGUUUUACACCGCUUGGCGCUUCGGCGACGGGAGUUUAGAAGCGAGGUGGAGAGUCUGGUGGAAGGAGUUGUGAGCUACUGCAGCAUUUACUGCGGGAAGGAGGUUUGCAACGGCGACGUGGCGGUUAUGGAGUUUGGGGAUUUGAUCAAGGUGUGGAUGGUGGACGAUGAUGGUGGCGGUGGCGGAGGGGUUUUUGGAGAUUGCGCCGUGGAAGGGUUUUUCCCUCUUGUGAGUGAGGAAUUUCGGAAGGGGAUUGUGAGGGGUUGCGAGGUUGGGAUCUUGGAGGGAGUUGUUAUGUGCGAAGCGCUUCUGUUGAAGCUGUGUUUGGCGUUCGAGAAAGGACUUAGCAGAGCGGAGCUGGAGAAGAAUUUGCUCGCUUCCGCAGUUCAGACCAUGACAGGGUUUCGAAGUUUUCGCUUUUUGGAUACCCUUUUCAGGAUGAUGUUGGAGCCAGUUUUCCCAGUCACCUCUCUACUGGGUUCUGAAAAUCAAGUUCUUUUAAAAGAAGUCCUGUACAAUUCUGUGAUGAUGAUAGACUAUUCAUUCAUUAACCCUCAGGCAGAAUUUUCACUAUAUGCCAACAGCUUGAAAGAUGUUGCUAUAACUUGGUUGUUUGUUGCUGAGUUAGCUGUGCAGUCUGCUAGGGAAAAAGGUGACCAGGGGAAAGCUAUGUCGUACAUAAAUGCCUUCUGUAGAUCCUGUAUACCCAGUCAAUUGAUCAACUGGGUUACUGAUCAAAAUUGCAUAGGCAGGAAGAUCACUAGACCAAAUGUUUCCACUCCCAUAGCCCUUAUAAAGUGGCUUCUAGUUGUUGAGGAACAAGGAAUUUCUGUGUUUGCUGGCGAAACUGCUAAGCAGAUGGACUUAAUGUUCAAAGCUAAUUUUUUCACUUCAAGAACCGAGUGUUUACUUCCGGUCAUAAAGCAUUUCUUCAACAAUCUGGAUAAGAAUCUCUUUUCAGUGAAUGGAGAAGCCGUGGCAGACAAACUUGAUGGUGACAUCGACAUGCCUGAUAGUGUGGAAACUGCAAGUUUGGCUGCUGCUGCUGCUGAUGAUGAUGAUGAUCUGAGCUCAGUUAUUGAUGGGACAAGAAAACGCAAAGAAGGGAUCGAGGAUGAUACUAAUACAAAACCGCUAAAAAAAUAUAUGAGAUGUCAUAUUCAUGAGAAUUCAGUAAGAGAAAACGCUUUUACAUUCAGACAACAAUGAUGCUUUGGAUGUUGGGAGCACAGUGCAUUGGAUAUUUUGGUCUAAUCAAACCUCCAAAAUAAAAGGAACAAUAUAACUAUAUGAUAGGUGAAACUGUAUUAGGACACUGGGCUAAUAACUUUUUAUGACCAUCCUUUGUCAUUUUGGUGCUAGAAAAUUGCAAACAUUUGGCCCAGAAACUUCUGCAAAGUAUAUAUCAUCAUAUUUGGAUAUUGGAUCAA